AGAUGAUGACGUCGCUGCAUAUGGAGACGUCAUUGCCGGUGGUGGAGGAGCAAACAAAGCUGGAGAAGGACAAUGAGCUAGCGGAGGAUACGCACACGGCAUCCACAACGCCCACUCGCAUUCCACAUCCUGCUGUGGCCAAUUUUCGGCGUUCCGCUUCCCUGCGCCUGCGCGGGAACCCAUCGGAGCUUGGUUUACGGGCUGAACACUAUCCAGCCGGCGGAGGCGGAUUCAGUUCGCGCGCCAAGCUCACGGCGAUCCCAUCCAGUCUCAAAUCGCGUUCGCAUUCGGUCCACUUAAGGCGUAAUCGCAGCUGGAGCAAUUUAGGCCACAAAACGGAGCAAGAACCGGAAGUGGAAGCUUCCACGGAGGCACUAUGCACCACCACCCAGUGUCUGUCCCUGGAUAACGAGUUGGAUGGCCAGCAAGUGGCCAACAGCAUUAUGGCCAACGGCAAACCGCGAAAUCUGUCUCUCAAGUUGAACGGCGGCGGUGACAUCAGCAGCAGUGGCACUUGCACGGCCACGGGCACAGCCAUCAUCAAGGAGUCGUCGCCCAGGACUCCUAGGACGCCCCAAACUCCUCAAACGACGUCAACCGGUGGAUCAGCCUCCACCGCAGAGACACCACCGCCACACAACUGCAUUCGCCAGGCAAAUUGCGUCAAGGCCGCGGGGAAGCUAUCAACUCUGCACGAGUCCAAGAUUUCACCCCGGACUCCGCCUGUCACACCGGAUUCACCCAGUACCUACCUGGACGAUGAUCUAGACUCAAUGUACUCAUUCGCCACCACCACAUCGGGCCGCUCCACGAUGUCCUGCGAGCAUCCUUAUGUAGCCAGAAACGGCACUACCUUCAGUGGACGCAAGAUGAAGUACGUGGUGCACUGCUCUAACUACGCGGGUCAGGUGGGACCUGACUAUCUCACGCCGACACAGCGAGCACAACGUCAGAUCCGUCGACUCAAGGAACUGCUGAGCAUUGCCCGCCAGGAUCUCGAGCAGAAGGAUACGGAAAUUCUGCGACUGACCCGCGAGGUGGUGGAGCUGCGCCUGUUUAAGGCAUCGCUCAGUUCGCCAGAAGAACGCUCCGCUUCCUCGGAUGCGGUCACCGUGCGGGAAGCAGAGCUAAAGACCUCGCAGGAUGUGUCGCCCAUCGUCGACAUGGUGGACGAGGGCAAUGCUAAGGGCAGUCCGCGGCAUCUUAGCCGGCAACAGCAGACGAAUCACUCCCUGCAACAUCAGCAGUUGCAGGCCAUGCAGAUGUCGGCGGAGAUGCAGAGUUCCUACGCAGACUCCGGCCACUUUGAAGACCUCACUAUGUCGUCGGUGCACUCGAAGGACUCGCAGACGCAGAGUGAGGCUUGCGGAUCAUCCACGCCUGAUGGUGAGCCGGAUGUGGCUUGCGGUGGAGGUGAUGGGUCCAGCAAUCUGGAGAACUACGAGCUGCAGCGACAGGAACUGAUUCGAAUGUAUGAGCACCGGAUCGAGGAGCUCAUCCGAAGCCAGGACAGUGCUACUAGCGAUAUGAAGAGAUCACACAACGACAAGGUGGAGGCCCUGCUCCAGAAACUAGCCGAGUGCAACACCCGAUACUCGGACAUGGUGCCCGACUACGAGCAGGCCAAACAACGCAUCCGAGAGCUGGAGAAGCAAUUGGAGGACUUGCAGCGAAAGUUAGUCGAGCACGAGGAGAAGCAGAACAAGAUGUACCUGCAUAUGUACCAGCAGGGUCAGGAGGCAGAGCGCAUUUCUAGAGCGGAUCAGGCCCUGGACUUGGCACAGCGUCAGCCGGAGAGCAAGGUGUCGAUCAAUGAGCUGCUCCACCAACUGCAGAGCACCCAGGACGAAUUGGAGAACAUACGCGCAUCAGAAUGCAGAAUGAGAGAGUGCGGCAGUAAUCAUGCUCUCCUUACUGCAAAAGAGGCGAUUUCUUUGUGGGUACUUGGCGCGCGUAAGACCAUAUACCGUCGACUGCUCGAAGCCCAGAAGAAUCGCACCCAUGUGGAUCCGGAGGUGACGCUACAAUUCCUGAAGAGCGCUAUCUUCUACUUCCUGACGGACAAGGAGAAUUCCCAGGGCCAUUUGCAGGCCAUCGAGAGCAUCCUGGAGUUCACCGAUGCCGAGAAGCAGAAGAUCAGUGCCGCUACCCGAACGCCAAAAUUGCACGCGAAAGUCGGCAAAACGAUGUCUAAGAUUUUUGUUCGAGCAAAAUUCCAUUGUCUUCAGAAUUGGUCUUAAAAGUUAGCUGGCGAUUUUAAUUGCAAUUUUAUUUUUUUUUUCGGAAUAAUUUUGUUAAAUUAUUGAGGCGCCUGUUUUUCUUUAUUUUUGGCAACGAAAUGUAUAAAUUUUCCUAUAAGUUAAUUUUCGAAUUACGUGUUUUCUUUGGUAUAAGGCUUAAGGCAUACUAGUACGUCCUUUAUAAGAAUACGAAAAUCUUAAGAGAAAUACAAUUUUACAAAGUCUACGUAGUUUUUGUAGAACUAGCUAAUCAUAUGAGAAUAACACCAUGAACUUUUGGUCGUUUCAGUGGAGUUUUAAUGGCAAAUAAAUAUAAAUAAAUUGGAAA